UGCAGGUGUUAAUGGCGAAGGACAAUAACGUCCUCAAUAAUUGCAUUGCAUAGCCGGGUACUUGUGGCGGCGAACAAAUGCCCAUCUACUUCUUCCAUCGACCUCCUUACUGCUGCACGUACGUCUCACCUCUCUCACUCAUUCAAUACGGAACUCGUAGGCCAACCUUUUCGGCGAUCACCAUCCCCGACUUCUCAAAACCUCCCUGCACUCUCCGGCCUUUUUAUAUCUUUCGUAUUAUUUUUCUUUUAAAGUAUGAAUUUUGACUGUUAGAUUUGACUUCUGUUACCCCCCUCCCCACCCCCAACAAACUAUGACUUUAGAAUCACUUAUAUAUAAAUUAAAAUCAACUUGAGUGCCGAGAAAAAGAUACCAUCUUUCUUUCCGAGUGGAAGGAAAAAAUGGAAGGUAGCAUUCGAAUCAGUGAAGACGGAGGCUCGGCCUAUCACCCUCUUCCAGACUCUGACUCCAUUGUUUCCGAUGAUGUCCGCUUGCAGCAGCUCGGUUACAAGCGUGAACUCACCCGGGGCCUCUCGGCAAUCGCAAAUUUCUCGGUGACUUUCUCCAUAAUAUCAGUGCUAACGGGUCUGACGACGACGUACAGUACGGGUCUCACCUACGGUGGAACGGUUACAAUGGUAUACGGGUGGCCAAUAGUGGGGAUGCUGACUAUGGUCGUGGGUACGUCGAUGGCUGAGAUUUGCUCUGCUUUUCCUACUUCUGGUGGACUCUACUUUUGGAGCGCCAAGCUCUGCGGCAAUGACUGGGGCCCCUUUGCCUCUUGGCUCACUGGCUGGAGCCCAAAUCCCAGACCCUCUGGGCCAACAACUACGAUAUGGUUUAAGAUCAAUCAUGUUAGUGGUUUUUAUAGACCUCAAAGAGGUCUGUUUAGGAUCUCCACUACAACUUUUUACAGUGGUCAUGGAUGGAAGUUGCGCUAAUUUUGAAUCGAUUGUUGCGAUUAAAGAAAUUCUUUUCUCCUACU